UGCAAGGGUUUCAGAGGCGUUCACUGCGAUGACAUCAAUGAAGUUGAACGUCGUUACUGGUGACAUUGUUAAUCAGGAAGAUGCAGAGAAGGAGAUGAAUGAACAUAUCAAUACCUUGUCAGAAGAACUCGGUAAAAAUCAUUUCGACCUGUUCUGUGAAGCCAUUGGAUUUGAUCUUGAACAUGCUAAGAACCUCUUAGACUUGAACAAGUUCGAUUACUCUGUAACCUACGAGCAACUACUCAGCAAAUGGAAAUCAGGAAAGACCCUGGAAGACAUGAAGGACGUGUAUAAGUUACUGGAGAAAUCAGAAAUAAUUUUCAAAGCGAAGAUCAAAAAGAGCGCUCAAAAGUAAAAUGAAUCAAUAACUGCUUCAUUAUUGACUUUAUUUUUUACUUUACUUAUAAUACGAUUUCAUUAAUCGAAUGUAUAUACUACAUGAAUCAUGUUCGGAUUACGUAAUACGUCAUUUUAAUGUUCACGUAUUUCUAGAGGUGAUGGAUGAGGCUAUUGGAGUUGUCUGAAAUUGGCGGUCUCCUGCUAAUUGUAAAAUUAUAAUCUCACAUAUGUGUGUUUUCUUUAUGUGUUGAAAAGUAAUUUGUUAAUGUCUGGAAACAUGUGUUAAUGUAGUAUUCAAUUAUUCUGCAUUACGUACAUUUUUAUUUUUUUAACAAACAAACGAGUUGAUUUCUCGAAAGUAGUUGCGAUAUGGUUUUGUCUAGUAUUCGUAUGUUAUCUCAUAUUCUUACCAUUCUUAAUUGCCAUUGGUAUAUAUUUAUGUAGCUUGUAAAUGUUAGCUGUCUGCGAAUUCUAAAUGUGAAUAUAUUUGAUUGUCCAUACCUUCCUAACCUGUCAAUACCAUUCGUGUUCAGGGUGUAUGUGUAUUCAAGUCAAAGUUUAUUAUGAUGUGAAAACAAAGGAUUAUGUUCAUAAAUUUAGUAUCGUUCACAAAAUAUUUUUAAUGUAAUUUGUUGUUACUGAAUUGAACAUAGCCUAUACCGAUUCGAGAGAGGGGUGAUGAUAUUUAAUCAGAAUUUAUACUUCAGUUUAAAAGGAUUGUUCUAAGUUUGUUUCUACUUUUAUUAUCCACAUUGUAUAAACACGCCUGGUGAGCAUUUUGGCAGAUGUACAACAGUCAAUAUAGGUGCCUACCUAACAACGAUGUUGUUACGGGUUACAAUGUAGACAUAUUUGGAAAUAGAAGUGUAUACUGUGAAAGCAAAUGAUCAAUACGGUUCAUUAUUCACAUAGAAACAUCGUACAUGUCUUAUCUCGUGACUGAAUUGUUACCUAUUCAUAAAAGGUCAAGGAAGAAGAUACUUAAGUUUUAUUCACAUUAUUACCACUCAAUUCAAAAAUGAUUUUAAUUAUAGCACAAACAUGGUUCAUACAAAUACAAUUUUAUAUGAAGGACAGCCUUGGCUGGAAUAUUCAUGUUUACAUGUUCGGCACAAUAGAUAACACUUUUAAUUAUAUACAUGUAAAAAAC